UGAUGAUAUAUAAUAGAGUAAGCAAAACCAUGUGAAGCUUCAUGUGCCAAUGUCUCUCACUGGUGGCCACCAAAUCCUCUUCGUAUAUAUACACACACAUAGAAAGUUUCACUUGCUGUGUAUUUCUCAAAAUCUUUCAAGUCAUCUUUUGAAGUUACAAAAGAGUCUCACUAUGGGUAUCAAAAUGAGUCCCCUUAUUCAAGGUACAAGACUCUUGAGGAGAUUUUCAAAUUCCUUAGGUGUUCCUAAAGGUCAUUGUGCAGUAUAUGUAGGAGAGAGCCAGAAGAAGAGAUUCGUCGUGCCAAUAUCUUACUUGAGCCAACCUUUAUUUCAAGACUUGUUAACUCAAGCUGAAGACCAGUUUGGCUUCAAUCAUCCAAUGGGUGGUCUAACAAUACCUUGCAAGGAAGACGUGUUUGUUGAUCUCACAUCCCGCUUGAGAUCAUGAGUAGUAUCAAAGUGCAAAGUCUCUUGAAUAGAAAUUUUGUAAAUUAGUAGACUUAGAUACUAGAAAUAGGAGAUUUAAAGUGGAAGUUUUACUGUAUAGUUUAGAAACACAAAAUCAAUAGAAUUUGUUUCCAUGAUCAAUUUAUGAAUAGCAGAAGUGUUUUUUCUUAUUAUCA